UUGGGUUGUAGAGGACCGAGAUGCGGUUCGACCGGUUUUCAAACACGGCCUAUAAUUUUGAAAAAGGAAAAGGCUCUCUAGUCUCUACUGUCGACAUUCCAACUGUAAAACAAAAAAGAAAAAGACACUCUAACAACAGCACUCUCAACACUAAUGUACCAAGAUCGUCAAGGCGUUGUAGGCGGUGGCGGAUCUACCCCACACGGUAUCAUACUCGCCGUCGUCGUUGCAUUGGUAGUCCUCGUUCCCUUCUUCCUCGGAGACGGAGGAGAAGCCAUCACAGACGGGAUCUCAGAGCUUCUCAGUCCAGUGGGACAUCUCUUGCUCCACAUCAUCCUCCUCCUCACCAUCCAGUUCCUCUCCUCUGAACGCGGUUCCUUCGUCUCCGCCAUUUUCUCCACUGGAGAGCCCGAGUCCAUUCACCGUGUUAGCGGAUCUCCAGUAGGCGUCGCGCUGUUCCUAGUCCUGAUCUUGUUCUUACUCUACAACCGCUUCUCCAUCUUUGGUGGAGGUGAUGACUCUGACGACUGAUGCGACGUCGUUUUCCCAGAUCUAGUUUAUUUUUCUUUAUUCUAUUUUUUUUUUGUUUUCUUUUCGUUUUAUUUGACGGUUGUGUAGUCAACGGUUUGAUGUAAUGCAGUGAAACAGUAAUUAAAAUUUUCACUGUUAACCCUC